AUGUUUCGAACAAGUCCAUACUACACAAAUGUUAGAUAAGAGGUUUAUACUGAAAUCAAUUAUUAAUUAUCUAAAGAAUUAGAUUAGAUGUAAUAAUAAAAAGAUCACAUUGGUAGUAAUAGUAAGAAGAGUGCAUCAAAAUAGAAUUUCAAUAGUAUAUGUAUAAAUUAUUUAUCUUAUUUAAAUAUAGUUUAUAAAAGAACAAAUGAUCAGGAAUAAAUCCUAGAAGAUUAAAUUAUAAAGAAAUGUUCGAAUUGUGAAAUCAAAAUUGUAUCUGAUGAUAUAUAUUGUUCAGAGUGUACUAAAUUGAUGUGUUAGAAAUGCAUUAAUGAAUGUAGUGUUUGUUUAAAUAAUUGCUGUUUGAUUUGUAGCAAAUAUGCAUAUUUAUAAAAUGGUGAUUUUGUAGUAUGUUUAUAAUGUACUUAAUAAUAAUGA